AGGCGUCAAACCCGUGUCACCAGCCUUCUCUAGGGCGGUCGCUCAGGCAGUGGCUGUGGGCCGUGGACGCCGGGCGACAUGUAUUAUACGUUUAGUGGCUUCACGCAGAAGUUGACGGGAGCGUGGGCUUCCGACGCCUACAGCCCCCAGAGAUUAAGGCCUGUGGUUUCCACAGAAGCACCACCUAUCAUAUUUGCCACACCAACUAAACUGAGUUCCAAUUCUACUGCAUAUGAUUAUGCUGGGAAAAAUAAAGUUCCAGAGCUGCAGAAGUUUUUCUAGAAAUCCGACGGUGUGCCCAUCCACCUGAAACGAGGCCUGCCUGACCAAAUGCUUUACGUGACCACCAUGGCGCUGACCGUGGGAGGGACCAUCUACUGCCUGAUCGCCCUCUACGUGGCAUC